AAUUAACUCAUACACCGUCACCCAUCCUUUCUCUCUCUACAAAUUAAGUCAGCGCCACCACCGGCCGGUGGACUCUCUCCUCCUUUUCCGGAGAAAGUGUUGUAUUAUUAUAUAUGUACGUGAGUUGAAUAACUAGUUCUAGUUGUUAAUUCUCAUUUCUAUUAUUUCUUGUUAAUAUGGAUGGCGAGUGGGAUUUGCAUGCGGUGGUGAGGAGCUGCGCCACCACAACCACGGCAGACGUGAAGAAUACCACCGUCGAGGAUUACGAUGAUGGUUCUUAUAACUUGGAAAGUUUAGCUUCUGGGAACGAGGAGAGAAACACUUUUGUAUAUCCGAGUUUUGCUAACGUUUCCGGAGGAUUGGAGGAUGUUUACAAGGCAGGGUGUGGUCAGCCGGCCGGCGCAAAACCGGCGACCUCCGCAGCCAUUGAUCUCGAUAUUGUAGAAGGAUUUGUUCACGAACAACUCCCGAUGUUGACAGAUUCUCAUUCCUUUUCCAUGCACACCAUGAGUUCUCAGUCCACGCGCACCCGAAAAAGGAAGAACCAGGAGAAGAGGGUGUUUCAAUUGACGCAAGAGGAGUUGAGCAAUGAUGUGUGGGCUUGGAGGAAAUAUGGUCAAAAACCCAUCAAAGGCUCCCCCUUUCCCAGAAAUUAUUACAGGUGUAGCACAACGAAAGCCUGUGGGGCAAAGAAACAAGUGGAGCGGAGCCCUGUGGACGCAACCAUCUUCAUAGUUUCAUACUCCGGCGAACACAUUCACCCUAGACCCACUCACCGGAGUUCUCUCGCCGGCAGUACCAGGAGCAACAAAUUCAAUACAGACAAACCGCCUGUCUCUGGCAACACUUCCUCAGCUGUUCUUGAACACCCUCCCUCCUCUUCCCCUUCUCCGGCGUAUGCUUCAAACUUUUCUCCUACAACGUCUUCUAAGGAAGACGAAUGUGAAAUCAACGAGGAAGACGAAUACGACGAAGACAUCCUCGUUCCGAAUACUGUUAUGAAUGACGAAAUAUUAAAAAGGUUCCGAGAUCUGAGCGGUGGCGGCGGUAGCAGUGGAGGCGGUGCUAACUUUUAAUCUAAUCCUUUACCACCAGGUUCGAUCGAUGGAGGAGAGUGACGACUGCUCAAUUGGAAAAAUUGACUUUCAACUUAAAAAGGUCCUAUUAAAUAAUAGCUUACUUUUAUCAUAUUUAAAAAAUAACUUUUGAAGAGAUUUUAUUUUCAUACAAACAAUAAGGAUUUUAGAAAGGGUUAAAC